AAUCGGUGUUCUAGUCGUCGUCGUUGUCGUCGCCGCGACAGAGUUCUCAAUCGACCACCUCAGCGUUUUACGUGCCGUGAUUUUGUUGAAUGAAAAAAAUCCGAUCCUGUUGUGUUUCAUUCAUAAAAACAGUGGUGUUUGUGAAAUUCUGAUUUCGUUCUUCUUCUCAACACGAAAGGAUAUCCGAAAAGGAGACAACGAUUUCAUAUUGAUUCCUGCAGUGUUGGAGAAAAUGCUCUGCUGGAACUUGGUCGUUUGAGGUUACGCUGCUGGCAAGUGCAAGGAUAACAUCGGCAUACGUACCGAACCAAGAUGAGAAUUUGUUACGGCUUGGUAUUGCUGGGACUGGUGGCUUUGCUGGAAACGGCCACCGGUGAAUCCAAAAGCCAUCCAGUCACGACGCAGCUUUCGGCAAAAUGGGGCAUAACGCCAGUCGAGCUGGAGAUUGCGGAAUUCAUUGAAGAGGAAAACGUGAACCUGUUUUGGGAUUACAUCGAUCUGCUCAACAAAAUUCCCAACGGACUGCAUAGCAUAGGCACCGAACGGGAUCGAUACCGCAAGUCCAUCGAACUGGCCGAAAGUCUGCUGGGAGUAGGCCAAACGAAUCUGUUGAAACUGGCCUUAUCGCUACAUAGCUUCUCCGCAAAGGUGCAAGCUCAUCUUCAGAUAGCCAACCAGGUGCUAAAACAGGGAGACUGUGAAACGUCGGCAUUUGUCACCAUUGGGGGUAAAGUGGCGUGUGAUGAGGAUGAACUACGUAGCAUCCUGAAGGCCUUGGAUAAAGAUCCAACGAAAGUGGAAGUUCACAUUUUGGAUCAUGUAUACCCGGCGUCCGAGAACAAUUCGCUGACCGCUAUUUUGUACGCCCAGAUUGGAACCGAGCUGUUCGAAAAGCUUCAUGGUAUUCUUAAGGAGAAGGCUGAACAGGGCGCGGUUAGGUAUGUUCUUAGACAUUUUGUAAAAACGGUACCGAAUCGGAAAAUGCGGUUGUCUGGGUACGGAGUGGAGCUGCAUUUGAAAUCCACUGAGUAUAAGAGCCAGGACGAUUCGCCUCGACCACAGGAUCAGGAAACGGUAUUCAGCGAUGAUUCCGCUGAACCGGAAGUAGAAGGGUUCGACUUCGUGAAACUGAAGGAACGCUUUCCACAUCUUUCCCAUUCGUUGGACCGUUUCCGUAAUGCCCUGCAGGAGAAGCACGAAGAGAUCGCACCCUUGAAGGCCUGGGAGUUCCAGGAAUUGGGGUUGCAGGCGGCGCAGCGGAUCGCACAAAUCCAGGGUGAGGAAGCACUUCAGAUCUUACAGUUCACGGCACAGAACUUCCCAACCCAAGCAAAGUCCCUGCUAGCUCAAACGGUUUCCGAAGAUUUCAAAAAAGAAAUGCGUCACAACAUUGAAGUACUGGGCCGCAAUCUAAACCUACAACCUCCGGAUUCCGCCCUAUUCCUUAAUGGAUUGUUCUUUGAUGCUGACACUAUUGAUACCAUAACACUGUUGGAUACCCUCCGCUCGGAAAUGCACGUUCUCGAAGGGUUGAACCGAAUUAAUCUUCGCGGCAAAGCAGCAGCUCCCCUACUGGCCUUGGAUCUCUCGUCGACCUCCAAGGAGUUCGCCAUCGAUAUACGCGAUUCGGCCAUCACGUGGAUCAACGAUCUGGAAAACGAUGCCCAGUACCGGCGGUGGCCGGGCAGUGUCAUGGAUCUCUUGCGGCCAACGUUCCCCGGAAUGCUGCGAAACAUUCGCAAGAACCUCUUCAACCUGGUGCUGGUGAUCGAUCCCGUCGCCUACAGUGACAACGGUCGGGGCAUAGUGAAACUGGCGGAAAGCUUUGUUGUACACUCGGCCCCGGUUCGUGUGGGUCUGGUCUUUGAUACAAGGGGCAGCUCUGACAAAGAGAUGGACUACCGGUCGAUUGUAUGCGCUUUCAACUAUGUUCAUCAGAAAAAGAGCUCCUCCGAGGCGCUGGGUUUCCUAACAGAUCUUUUCGCCACUACUUCUAAGAGAGACAUCACGUACGAUGAUGUGCGCAAACAACUGAAGAAAACGUUCUCCAAACUGAAAUCGGACGAAGUUGAAGAGAUUCUUGGCGAGGACUCUGAUUUCGACUACGGCAGACAGCUUUCGCAGGAAUUUGUCGGCAGACUGGGACUGAAGUCCACGCCCCAAGCGCUGAUGAAUGGAGUCCUGUUGGCACAAAAUACGCUCAACACCGAUGACUUUGAAGAAACGAUUCUUACGGAAAUUAUGCAGCAGACGCCCACUAUUCAGAAGGCUGUUUACAAGGGUGACCUGAACGAUGGCGAACCGGUGAUCGACUACCUGAUGAAGCAGCCCCAUGUUAUGCCACGGCUGAACCAACGGAUUCUGUCGGCCGAAGAUCCAACAUUCCUGGACGUGUCCGGAAACCCCCAUCCCGAUCUGGAGGACGUAUCUGCUUUGGCUCAGCUAUCAAACUCCGACCUGACGGCUACGCUGAUGAAAAAUCUCAAAUAUAUGGGUGGGAAAUCCACCUACGAGAAGUUCAUGGGCUACCGAUUGCACUUCCACAGCGUUUGGGUAGUUGCCGAUUUGAACCAUAGCGAUGGACGGAAGUUGUUGCAGAAUGCGUUGAGAUUUAUGAAAUCAACAAGCGGCACAAGGGUGGCAUUCGUUCCCAACGUCGACGGCUCGGAUGCUGCUAGAUCGCAACUGAAAAAGGAUCUAAAUGCACUCGUUUGGGCGACGAUCAACACUCUUCGGCCGGAAGAGGCAACCGAGCUGGUGGUCAAACUCCUGAAACAAGCCGAAGAAGGGAAGGACUACGAAGUUCCAGAUUCGGUACUUGGCUUUCUGCCGGCAACGCAGCUGCAUUUGAAAAUGCUUCGGGUCUACUGUCAACGUGUCCUGAAGUUGAAGGCAUCCACGAACGGACUGGUGGCCAAUGGGCGCGUACUGGGGCCAUUCGAGCAUGGUGAAGUGUUCGAUUCGGAAGAUUUCGGCUUGCUGGAAAAGUUCAUCAGUCUCCAGUAUACCGACAAGAUUCGAAAGGCCCUGAAGGAGGCAUCGGUCGAUGGCGAAGACAUUGAAGUUUCCAGCGAUACCAUUUUUCGGCUGGUCGCAAUCCUGGUGCCUCGACAGCAAUCCAAAUCACGCUUCAACAUACCGACGGAACUCCAAGAGCAUCAUACCGUGGUGAAACUUCCGCCGAAAUCGAAUGAUUUGCCAUUCUUCGAAAUAGUGGCCGUGUUAGAUCCCGCUUCAAGAGGGGCGCAGAAAUUGUCGUCGCUGCUCAUUCUGCUGCGAAAUGUGGUCAACUGCAACAUGCGACUGGUUCUCUGUGCCGUGGACAGACACAGCGACAUGCCAGUUAAAACUUUCUACCGAUUCGUUGUUGAGCCGGAACUUCAAUUCAUGCCGGAUGGUAAACAUGCUCCGGGACCCUAUGCCAAAUUCGUUGGACUGCCUGCAAAUCCCCUGUUAACGCAAAGUCUCAACGUUCCGGAAAACUGGCUCGUAGAAGUGGUGCGAUCCGUAUACGAUCUCGACAAUAUCAAACUAUCCGAAAUCAACGGUCCGGUACACAGCGAGUACGAGCUUGAAUAUCUGCUACUGGAGGGCCACUGCUUUGACACUACGACGGGUUCACCACCGCGAGGGCUGCAGAUCACCCUGGGAACCGAGGAGCACCCGAUCGUAGUGGAUACGAUUGUUAUGGCCAAUUUGGGAUACUUCCAACUGAAGGCUAAUCCGGGAGCGUGGGUUCUUAAACUGCGCCAUGGAAAGAGUGCGGAUAUCUACGACAUCACAAGUGCCGAGGGACCCAAUACGGUACAUUCCAGUGAAGAUACUAGGGUUGUCGUGAGUUCGCUUAAGUCGCACGUAUUGAAACUAAGGGUGACUAAGAAACCGGGUAAGGCCAAUGCCGAUUUGCUAGGAGACGACAAGGAAUCCGGUGGUGGAAUCUGGGAUUCGAUUAGCUCUAUGGUAGGAACCGGCGAUGCCCAGGACAAAGAAGUUCUGAACAUAUUUUCGGUUGCUUCCGGUCACCUGUACGAACGGUUGCUAAGGAUUAUGAUGCUGUCUUUGCUGAAACACACUAAAACUCCCGUCAAGUUUUGGUUCUUGAAGAAUUAUCUAUCACCGCAAUUCAUUGACUUUUUACCAUACAUGGCCAAAGAAUACAACUUCCAGUACGAACUGGUGCAGUACAAAUGGCCACGAUGGCUUCAUCAGCAGACCGAAAAACAGCGAAUUAUCUGGGGCUACAAGAUUUUGUUCCUGGACGUCCUAUUCCCAUUGGAUGUGAAGAAAAUCAUCUUUGUCGACGCCGAUCAAAUUGUUCGUGCCGACAUGAAGGAGCUCAACGACUUCGACCUCGGUGGAGCCCCGUACGGCUACACUCCCUUCUGCGAUUCUCGACAGGAAAUGGAAGGAUUCCGAUUUUGGAAGCAAGGCUACUGGAGAAAUCACCUGCAAGGGCGCAAAUAUCACAUUUCGGCGCUGUACGUGGUGGAUUUGAAACGGUUCCGGAAGAUUGCCGCGGGCGACCGAAUCCGAGGGCAGUACCAAGCGUUGAGCCAGGAUCCCAACAGUUUAUCCAACUUGGAUCAGGAUCUGCCCAACAACAUGAUCCACCAGGUGGCCAUCAAAUCGCUACCCCAGGAAUGGCUUUGGUGUGAAACUUGGUGCAGUAGCGACACCUUACAGUAUGCGAAGACCAUCGAUCUUUGCAACAAUCCUCUGACCAAAGAGGCUAAACUAACCGCCGCCCAGCGGAUUGUGCCCGAGUGGAAAGACUACGAUGCGGAAAUAAAACGACUGCAUGCUAAGGUCGACGAACUGGAGCACGAAGCUGGUCAGAUUUCACAUUCCCAAGGAGAAGCUUCCUCCAACCAAGAAGCGCAACACACUGAACUGUAGGACAAUUGGCAAGCUGGAUGAUUUUUAAAAAACAGAAGACUAAAGAAGCCGAAUUGUAAUGUAUGAACUUUAAUAUAAAUUAAAACUCUCCAAAAUGUUCAGCUCAGCUCCCGUGAGAACUGCGUUUGCUGUGAUUAUUUAAUAUGGUAGCGUUCUAGCUAGAUAUCGCAAUUAGUUUACGUGUUAGGUUGUUUUUGCGUUGUUCCACUUCUAAAAUCACAUGACGCAAAACUAUCAAUUACUAAAAGUUCUCACACAACGGGUGACACUAGAAUGCUAAUUAUUUCAAAACGUCAAUAAAAUUGUACAACAAUCUCUUUUACCGUA